UAUAAGCUGCAGCAUUAUCCAUGACUGACAUCGGGGUGCCCUGAAUGGGAGUUGGUAGCCACUGGCAAUCCAUCGACAGCUGAUCUUGAUUGACUGGGUCGAUUCACUUGACUACGUCAUAGCUCGUAUACAUAUUCGACCACCACCUCGCAGGCAAAUCGCCCCAUCUCCCAAUCCCUCCUAAUCUUCCAUAAACACAGACAAGGAUAAUCACUAGGUCUAUCAAUCCCACGAGUCAACUUUUACUUUAUUUGGAACAUCGCGAAAACUACAUCAUGUCGAACCCUAACCUCAUGGAUAUCGAGCCCGGUGGUGAAAACACUCAGUAUGAGUCGAUUCGUUAUUUCACAGAGACUCCGCCGAAGCAGACCGGUCAACUAGGUGCCCACUGCGAGCACACAAGAAGUGAAUACAACCCGAUCCUCGGAGACGAGGAUGAAGAAGGCAAGGAAAAGAAUGGGGACACGCCACUGGCACGGCAGCUUGAGAAGGGAGAGGCUACGUCUGGUCUCUCGGGAAUCGUGGAUAAAGAUUCAAAGCCCGAAACCCCAGAGGAGGCUGCAGCGCUGGCGGCAAGGAUCAGGAGAGAACAGGGAUAUGGGCCUGGCUCGGGUGUCGGGGCUUAGGUGCCGCGAGAUAAGUGUAAAUAAAACAUGGGUAAUGAACAGAUUCUCCGAGAAAUUCGAAACGGGCGGUUGAUUUAUUUAGUGAGAAGCGGAUGGGCUGGAGGAGGUCGACUGCGGGGGCGUGGGGAGAUUCUCCAUCCCCAGGGCUGGGCUUCUGCGGGCACGCUUAAGGCUCUCCAGGGUCACUCCGUUGCCGAGUUUCGUCAG